AUGGGCCACAUCCUAAUCUACCACACCCACGGCUCGACCCGCACACUUACUCCCACCAUCUCAAACCCUUCAAAUCCCUCAAACCCCUCUCCCCCUCCCACACCCUCUGUCUCCCCCCAAACAACAACCCCCCGAGUCUACGGUGCUUACGCCGCCCGCUACUCGCACAUCUACCCCUCACGGUGCAAAAUACACGUGGGGACGCUCUCCCCGCUCUCCCGGCACCCAGUAACUCCCAUGCGCGCCGCUCUCUCCUCCAUCCUUCUCGCGCAGCGCUCCGCUCUUGCGCGUAUCGAAACCAUAAAAGCCACCAACUGCGAUCCAGAUGCCUGUUAUCUCCCCAUCCACGAGGAUCCCAAAUUCCGCGCCGAGCUCAACGAGGGAGUAGGUUUUGAUCUCGACAUCUAUUCCUCCUCCAAAGAAGUAAUUUCGCUUAUUCAAAGAUGGCCAUUCGAUGAUGCGAUGAAAGGGAUGAUUCCCGGUAAGCGCUUGCCGUAUGUAGAUUUAAUAUUGGAAUUUGAUCAGCUGAACAAAAAGUUGCAUAAACUGGGACAGGCGAGUUUGGGAUAUCAUGUGAAGUAUCAUUAUAUCCCUAUGAUUGACAAUCGAGCGGUGGAAGUGCAAGUGAUAGCGGAGUUGGAUAGAUAUGCUGCCAAGCUGGAGAAAAACUUGAAGGAGAGAGAGAGAGAGAUAUCGAGAGGUGAGGAGACGGAGUUAGAGUCAGAAGUAGAGGAGCCUUCAGAAUUGGAAACAACGCUGAUGUCGAAACCAUGGGGAACAUCAAUACAGGCUCCAGAAUCUACAAAGAUGAAAAGAAAGCUGAAGGAGAAAGGAAUGGCGACGGGUGAUGAAACGGAGACGGAUGAAGAAAUGGAGGAACUCUUAACACCGAAGAUAACGCCAAUAUCGAAAUUAUGGGAAACAUCAACAAACCCUCCGAAAUCUGCAAAGACAAAAAGAAAUUUGAAAGAGAAAAAGAAAGACAUAACGACAGGCGAUGAAACGGAGACGGAUGAAGAAAUGCAGGAACUCUUCAUGCCGAAAACAACGCCGGUAUCGAAAUCAGGGGGGAGAUCAAAAUCAACGCCAAAAUCAAUAUCAGGGGGCAGAUCAUUCCCAACCCCCCAAUCAACAUCAGGCGGAAAAUCAUUCGCAACUCCUCAAUCAACAUCGGGAGGAAAAUCAUUCCCAACUCCCCAAUCGACCCCCGUCCAAAAACCAAAGCCAAAGCUCAAGCUCAUAUCUCGAGAUCCACGAGUUCGUGGAAAUUCCACACCGAAGCCUCCCGAAUCAUGA